CGCGCUCCAGAGACCCCGGGGGAGUACCGCCUCCGGCUUCUGGCCAAACAUUUGACCACUGUAGAGCAAUUCCGAGAAGAGCUGCUCGACCGUCGAAACAAUCCUGCGCCCAAUACGCUACCCAGGGAAAUCCCAGAGCCUUUGUAUCCUGGAGAAAAAUUGCAGAGCUACACACAGAAGUUUGAGCAGUGGCUCGCACAGCGGGGGCGGCGUUUGUCUGCGAUGGACGGAGAUCCAAGCCAAGAACGGGGCUUCUGGUUCUCAUUUGCCUACUUAAGAGUGGGAGAAUGUGGAGCGCAGCCG